UCCACGGAAGAGUUGUGUUUGAGGUAGGCUUAACAACUAUGUUGUGAAAGAGGGUUAGUAUCGACAGGCCCACUUUAUUUGUAAUGUCUAGGUUAAACAAAGUUUCGUCGUUAUCUUGACUUGACAGAGUUCCCUGAAGAUCGGUGAUAACAUUCACGUACAUUUCAGUGUUGAUCACUUCUUCAGAGAUAUAAGAAGUUUAAGAUAAUGAUUAUGUUUCGCCAUGUUGAGUGUUUGUUACAUCUAAGCUCCAGCCUAACGAAAGUAAGGUAAAGAAAUUUAAAUCAUGGAAACAAAGAAGUACAACCGACGUUAUCCUUGUCAAAAACGUCCACCCUCCAGCAAAUGUAAAACUUGUUAUCAGCAGUUCACGGCGUUUAUGUUCUUCCACGUGGGUCUGUGUGCGUUGGUGGUGGGCUACAGCAUUAUGGGAGCCUUUGCCUUUAGGGCGCUGGAGGCUCCUCACGAAGAGAAGCAGGCCAGUCAUGUGACUGAGAUGCUAGAGGACACAGUGAGACGAUUGUGGGUUAUCACAAAUAACUUGAACGUCCUGUACAAGGACAACUGGACCCGCUUGGUAUCCGCGGAAAUUGACCAAUUUCAAACUGACUUGAUAUCUGCUGUGAAGAAAGGGUACGAUGGUUACGAGGUGGGAGCUAGCCGUCAGUGGUCAUUCUCCGGAGCUUUUCUUUACUCCCUAACCGUCAUCACCACAAUAGCUUUUCAGCUUGACACUUUCCCGUGUGUAUGAUGAAAUGAAAG